AAGAAAAAAAAACAGACAGAAUAAAAAAAAGAGGAAGAAGAAGAAGAAGAAGAAAACGAACAAAAACCCAAUAAGCAGCGAUCGAUGCUUUUAAUAAAACAAAGAAGAGUGAAAAAAGCAUUCGGCUUCUAAAGGGCAAAUACGAACAAAGCCCACGACGACGCCGAGAAAUCAUUUGUGUUUGGUCGGAACAACAAGUUUACUUCUUCUUUUUGUGUUCGGUCCUUCUUUUUUUUGUCGCUUGUCUGAAUUUCUGGGUCAAUCUUGGGCAAAAAAAAAAAACAAGGUUAUUCCUUUUUGUUCUCUCAAUUCAAUCUUCCAACAACACUUGUUGUUGUAUCUCUGCUUCCAAAGCUUGGGGUCCCGCUUCCCUCAUUCCCUCGCUUCAUUUCGAAUUCGUUGCUCUGUUCUCAAGCUCGAAUCUUUUUUUCCUUCUUCUUCCUCAAACUCCACUGAUCUCGAUUUGCUCCAGCUGUAAUUCUCAAAGUUGUUAGCUUUACGAAUUGGGCGUGAAAGAGAAAUGCUGGAUUGCUCUGCUCUGAUUCAGUUUCGUCUUGGAAGUUGGUAACUUUUGAGCGCUAGGGUUUGUAGUAUUAUCCUGAUACUGAAUCAGCCAAAGGUGGAAACUUUAAGGUUGUUAGUGUGAGCUGGGUAGUAGAUGAUGAUGAUGAUGAUGAUCUCUGUUCUCUAGGGUUUUGGUUUUGGGAGGAGGAUAUGAGAUUUGGAUUUGCAUUGUACAGCUCCUAGAUUUACCAGUUCUAGGGUUGGAUUUGUAGCAAAAGCCUUCAGCUAAGUUCUUGAAAUGCUUCUGGAUGAGAAGUUAUAAUAAGUUAAUGAGUUGGAUGUAUUGGUGUGAAGGGUAACUAGCCUCUGAUUGUUUCCAUCGGGUUUCUAGUUUUGAAGAAGAAGAAAGAAGCACAAAGAGAGAGAAGUAUGCAAGGUGCUGAAGAUCAUCACAGGAUUGAUCUGGCUGAGCUGAAACUGCAUAUUGUGAAGAAGAUUGGGGCUGAAAGAUCCAGAAGAUACUUUUAUUACUUGGGUAGGUUUCUGAGUCAGAAGCUUACCAAGGUUGAGUUUGAUAAGUCAUGUCACCGUCUUUUGGGAAGGGAGAAUCUUCCUCUACACAACAAGCUGAUUCACUCCAUCUUGAAGAAUGCAUCUCUUGCUAAAUCCCCAUCAUUUCAAAAAACCAAAUCUUUGGUGCUUGGGAAAGAAGAUAGACCUCAACAAAGCGGAUCUCUCAUCCCUAACCAUAAUCCGGUUUUGUCAAAUGGGGCGUUACACAAGGUUCGGUCUGGAACGUGUGAUAGGCCUAGUCCACUUGGGCCUAACGGAAAGGUUGAUACUCAGUUGCAUCAGCCACUUUGGAGAGAAGACAAAAGCAGUAAUAGAAAUAAAGAGAACGGUGACGUUGGACCUGUUGCUUAUCAUAGUUCAGGUCCAGAUUCUGGUGAACGAGGCGGUCCAUUACCUUAUCAUAGUAAAGGUAAGGUCACAGCACAAGUUAUCAGAGAUGAUGAUGUAGCUCAAGAGGAGCGAGGUAGAUUGGUUCUUUCCAAGAAUCCUGUAAUGGCACCUCUAGGGAUUAUUCCAUUCAGUGGGACCCGGAGAACAGUUCCAGCGUCAACCAAGGGUGACUUCAUAACUUGCUAUGACAGUGGUGGAUUAUCAGAGACAGAGAUGCUGAGAAAAAGGAUGGAGAGUAUUGCAGCAGCACAGGGUCUAGGAGGGGUUUCAGCGGAGUGUUCCACUAUGUUAAAUAACAUGUUGGACUUGUACUUGAAGAAACUGGUCAAGUCAUGCGUUGAUUUGUCUGGAGCUCGGUCCAAGCCUGGAAACCAAAGUUUAGACAAACCGCAGAGCCGAGAGAAGAUUGCGAAUGGGAUGUGGCCGAGUAACCAACCGUCUGAGAUAACGCAAGAACAGCAGCAGCCGGUGUCUUUGCUUGAUUUUAGAGCUGCGAUGGAGCUAAAUCCACAUCAACUUGGCGAAGACUGGCCACUGCUUCUGGAGAAAAUCUCCAUGCGUUCAUUUGAGGAGCGAGAAGGGGUGUGAAUGAAAAUGUUUGGGGAUGUUGGAUGUUGCAAAUUGUCUGAGUAAAGCUGCUCUUGUUCCCAAAGAAACUGGUUUUGGUGUAGUGGAGCUGAUGGCUGAGAGACACGUCUAUGUUCUGCAGCGGCAGACUCGGGGCAGUGGCCAUCCCAGCGAGUUUCAAGAUCUGUGAGGCUGAUAAGGGAAUCAAGGGAGAGAGUUUUGGAAGAGAUAACUUUGGGUUUGAGGUGGGAGCAAGGCAAUAGGCGAGAAGCGGAAGUAACACACACAGGAAGUUGUGUCGUUAGAUAAAAGAGAGUUAAAGAGGAUACAGGCCAGAGAGAGUCAAAGCCAAGCCGGUGUGAAAUUUGUAUAUGUACACAAAGCAAAUGGUGAAGCCCUUUUUAGGCGGGUUCCAUUGUUGUUCACAGGCUCUGAUUGAAAGAAAUACUACAAGGAACGAGGAGAAAGACGGUUAUUUAGAGGAGGAGGUCUCUGCAGUGGUUUUGCAGAUUGGGCACCAACUCUUCAUCCGCAACCAUUCUGGCACAUACUUCAAAUAGUAUAGCCUCCCAACUUCAUCACCUAUUGUAUACUCUUCCUGUGAACCAAAAAAAAAUUAUAGACCCAUAACUUGAAGGUUUCUUCUGAUAGAUGCUUGUUUUCAAACACUUUGAUAUUGCUUCUUCAGUGAGAGCAGUACUUACUGUACCAAUUCUCUCUUCUAAAGCUAAUAGUUCCUGCAUUCAUUCAAAAGAGAAAGAGUUAAGAUAACUACCUAUCAGAACGUAAGGCGGGUUUGAAGAUGGGAACACAAACCUCAUAGGACAUGUUACCAUCAGAGAUCCCAUCUAAAUUUGAUUAAGGUGUGGAGUAACAAGUAAUACUCACGUCAGAGAUCCCAUCUAAAUUUUAACUGUGAAAACUGUCUUGACCCGAUAAGGAACCAGAGAGACCAAGUUCUGGAAAACCAGAGAACAGCUCCAAAGAGAGAGGAGAGUUGAGGUUGUUGUUUGAUGUUUCAGUCUGGGACAUAUCUGUUGUUGUAAUAGAGGAUAAACCAUUUCCACCACUCCCUCAGUUAGAGAAUCUCAUGCGGUUACUACCUCUAUUUACUGAUCUCUGACUGUCAACACUCAAAAUGCAAUGUCUUGCCCGUCUACUAUCUGAAACAGAACCUCCUCUCGGGUUAAAGACAAGACGUCUCUCUUCAUCAGGUAGUUCUGUUAUCUUCUUACCACUAGCUGAGGAGGAGCUAGAGCUGCCUUCUCCAUAAACCUUUCUCUUAUUGAAUGCCUCUACCUUUUGACUUAUUCUCUUUCAUUGUGUAUUUUAAUAAUUGUAAAUUUUGAUCGCU